AUGUUAUUCGAAACCAUCAACUUUAAGAUAAGUACACAUGUUUGCAUCUUUCCUACCUUAUUCCCUUUCAAAGUGCGCCCAACUAUGAUCCACAUGUUGGAGCCACACCAGUCAUUAGAACUGGAGCUUACAACAAGACACGUUGGAAUUUGCGCGCCCAACUAUGAUCCACAUGUUGGAGCCACACCAGUCAUUAGAACUGGGGCUUACAACAAGACACGUUGGCUACCAGAUAUUACCUUUUUAAUUGUUAGCAUUAUUUCGUUUCUCCUCCAUAUGUACCGUCUACUGCUACAGCCAAGAUAUUGGCUUACACUGGUAUGGCCGACAUACGGCUUCUACUGCUACAUACACUACGGGAAAAAAUGGCGGUUUUUUGCUUUUGUGACUAUGUUUUCGGCCUAUAAUAAUUAA